AUGGCCGGGAUUUCACUCGGACCAGAUCAACGCAAGGAGAGCAUGGAGAAUAGCGACGCCUGCAGUGGACUGGCGUCCGUUCGCGGUGGAGACGAUCCAACUCAGCAGAGCAACUUGUGGAGACCGUGGAACAAAAUUGAGGGCCAAACUGCCCAAUUUGCGACUCGCUUUGUGCGUGGAGAGAUUUCCAGCGCACAACCCAAGAUUCAACAAGUCAUCCAUCCAGUCAAAUUGUUCUGGCCAAAGUCGAAAUGUUUUGACUAUCUGUACCGGGAUGCCGAAACGCUCCUGAGGAACUAUCCAAUCCAAGCGACCAUCUGCCCAUAUGAAAACUCCAGCAGCGAUGAAGAAGGCGAGGAUGAAGAUGAAGAGGAGAUGGUGGGAAAGGAGCACAACUAA